UUGGAAGUUAAAGGUUAAAAAGCAUAAGAGUUCAAGGGUUAUAUUUUAUUGUCAGAUUGGCACGUUCGUUCGUUUGUUUUAUCAUAUUUAACAAAGAGCCUUCGUUUGGACUUACCAAAGCUGAAGAUGCAAGAAAGGUCAGACAUGAAACCAUCAGAAGAACUAGAAGCUAUUGCUAAGCAACAAGGAUGCUGUUUAGAAGAUUUGAAGUUUGCUCAAUAUAUGGACACUAUCGACCCUAUUCGUCCAUUACGGCAAGAUUUUCACUACCCAAAGAUGAAAGAUAUCAAACAUACUGAUCUAAGUAUAGUAAAUGGAGAAGAAGACUGUGUUUAUUUCUGUGGUAAUUCACUGGGACUUUGUCCUAAAAAGACAAAAGAAUAUAUGGACAUAGAGAUAGAUAAAUGGUCUAAAUUAGGUGUUCAAGGUCAUACUAAUGGAGAUUUACCAUGGGCUUACUGUGAUGAAAGAAUUGACAAAGAUAUGGCCAAAAUAGUUGGUGGCAAAGAAGGGGAAGUUGCUUUAAUGAAUGGAUUAACAGUUAAUCUUCAUUUACUGCUGAUUUCUUUUUAUCAACCAACUAAAGACAGACAUAAGAUACUUUGUGAAGGAAAAGCUUUUCCCUCUGAUCAUUAUGCAUUUGAAAGUCAGAUAAAAUUACAUGGUUAUGACCCAGCGACAAGUUUACGUCUGCUCGAACCACGGGAGGGUGAGUUUACAUUAAGGACAGAAGAUAUAAUAAAGACAAUAGAAGAAGAAGGCGAAUCUAUAGCUGUUAUAUGUUUAUCAGGUGUACAGUAUUAUACAGGACAAUACUUUGAUAUACCUACAAUAACACAGGCUGGGCAAAAACAGGGUUGUUAUGUAGGGUGGGAUUUAGCCCAUGCAGCUGGUAAUUUACCCCUUUAUUUACAUGACUGGGGUGUUGAUUUUGCUUGUUGGUGUUCUUAUAAGUAUUUAUGUGGCAGUGCAGGUACAGUAGCUGGAUUCUUUUUACAUGAAAAAUACAGAAAUAAUAAUUUCCCUAAGUUACUAGGAUGGUGGGGACAUAAUAUGGACACCAGAUUCCAAAUGGAUAACGUAAUGGAUUUAAGUCCUGGUGCAUAUGGUUACAGAAUCUCUAAUCCCCCAGGAUUUCUAUGUGUUCCUAUUAAAGCCAGUUUAGAGAUAUAUAAUAAAACAUCGAUGAUAGAACUCCGAACGAAAUCAAAAUUACUGACAGGUUACCUAGAGAUGUUAAUAAAAAAACACUAUGGCCGACAGGAAACCAAUAAUGCGUCUGCAACUGGUGUAUAUAUAGAUAUAUUUACUCCAUCUGAUCCAGAACAGCGAGGAGCUCAACUUUCGCUUUCAUUUAGUAUAUGUAUACAAACAAUUUUUAAAGAGCUGGAAAAACGAGGCGUUGUGUGUGAUAAACGAUAUCCUAGAGUUAUACGAAUAUCUCCAGUACCAAUAUUUUGCUCAUUCCAAGAUGUUCACAGAUUCAUGAAAUAUUUAUACGAUUCUAUACAAGCAGCCAAAGAUAGUAAUUUAAAAUAAAAAAUCAUUUAUAUAUCCCUUAAAGGAGAAGACCAACUUUUGCAAAAUCUAUAUAUCAUCAUUAUCUAGAAUACAAAUAGUUUCCACAAUGCAGAACCUCAUAUACAACUUGUUUAAUCUUUAAUUAACAAACUAACCUGACAAAUGUGAAGACAUCAAAGUAAUUGUCAGCUACUCCUCAAACACUCUAAAGACGUUCUCAGGGAUAGUUGUUUGAUUGAAGACUAUUAUAGCAUGGUGGAGAUGACAGUAACCCUGAUGACGUCAGUGGGUUAAUUUAUUGACUGGAGAUCAAACAAUUUGUUCAUUGGGUUGGAAAGAUUAAAUAAUGCUUUACUUUAUAAUAUACAUUAUAUUUCAAUAAUUGAAUUGAAUGAAUGGUUUGUGCAUACAUUUAUGACAUAUUUAUACAAUUCUAUAAAGAUGAUCAUUUUAAAAAAUUGAAAUACCCAGUUGUAAACCUGUAAUGUUGUUUUGUUGUUGAGGAUAUAAUUUAUAAAUGUUAAUUAUUAUACAC